AUGGCUCCUAAUCACAUCAUCCAACCCGACGUUGCGGAACUUGAGGAGUGGCAGAACGUUUGUACCCGUAUUGAGGAGCUCCAACCUCUCGUCGUCAACUUGGGAGUGCAGAGUGCCGGAAAGAGUUCCAUUCGUCUUAGCAACGUUCCCCUUCACAUCGGCCCCAAGGCUACUACUCUCGGACCUACUCUCAUUGAGUCGCACAAGACAAACGCCCCGUUCAAGGCAGAAAUCUUCAUCGAGUUCUCUGACCCCGCCUUUGGUGUCCCCAAGGGUCGGAUUCCCUUUACCAUUUGCCCUCUUACCACAAAGGACAACAUUACCCACAUCCUGCGUCUAGCAGGCGACGAGGCACGUCGCUCCAAAGACGGUUCCCGUGCCAUACGUAACUAUGAGGAGGUCACGGCGCUGGGAGACGCACGCAAGGACGGCGCCUGGCCUGAAUUUACGGCCAAUUUGGUCGUCUUGAAGGUGUCGGGCGACGAGCAGCCCAAUAUUUCCGUUAUAGAUCUUCCGGGAAUUGCCUCUGAGAAGGAGCACGCGAAUCUCAUCGAACUCGCGCGUGUUUAUCUGAAGAAGCCCCACACCCUCAAGAUCUUUUGUGUGGCUGCCAGCGGCGACACCACCGAGGCCAAACUCCUCAAGAGGUGCGAUCCGGGUGGCAAGUCGACUAUCGGCCUCAUCCCCAAGGCGGACAAGCUUGACAACGUGUCCGAGGACGAGUGGGGCGACUUAAUUGCUGGCGACAACCAGAACUUUGCGUCGUUCCAGCCCAAGUUUGGCUGGUGGCCGACUCGCUUUCGCACCGGUAAAGAGGCCAACCUCACGGACCAAGCUCUCAACGCCGUCGAGGCACAGAUGUUUGCCCAAGACGACUGGUGCAAGGUCGCCGAGAGGACCGGCAAGACUUUUGGCUGGCGUGCCGUUGAAAGAAUCAUCAUGAACUUUUACAUCAAGGAGGUGCGAAAGCACAUGCAAGAACUGGCUCCUCGUGUCACCCGCCUUCUCACGGACACCGGCACCCAGCUCGACAAACUGGCUCCCGAGAUUUCCAAUGGCGUCGAGGUCCUCCACUGCGAGGUCAUCCCCAAGAUCGCCGACAGGCUCCGCCAGGCCAUCAACUCCAGCGCCGCCGGCUCUGACCUUCUCGUCCAGCUGCAGGCCGACUUCCGCAAUAAUCUCCAUGACACGGUCCCAGAAUUCGUUCCGUUCCUCAAAGAGCACCAGCAGGAGGGGAUGACCUACGAGCCGUUCACGACCAGCGGCUGGCCAACUUGCCGGUCCAUCGAAGACCGGAUCCACAUGAACGAGAUUCAUCAGCAGUACGCCACUUACUUCAGGAGACGGAUGGGUUGUAUUGACACGCCGGCUAUCGAAAAGCUCCUGAAAGGCAAACACUCUGGGAAGUGGCAGGAGCUGUGCACCCGCUACAACGACGCCGUCUGGGAUUCCGUCAUCAACUUGGUGUCCGAGGUCGUCACCGAGGUCUGCGCUCAGAAAUCUGGAGCCGCUGAAGUCGCCAUUGAGACUCUCACAUUGCUCACGGAGGGGUUCAAGCAGCAGGCCAACAACCUCAUCAAGUGGCGCUGUGGACGCGAGCUGGACGACCCUGCAAACAUCGAGCACCGCACCGCCAAGUUUUGGCAGGAACAAGAAGCUGCUGUGGGCCAUUACCAAGCCCAGCACCUCAAGAUCUACCGCCAGAGUGCAGGUAGCAGUCCCCAAAGCCAGUCUGGUUCGCGUCAUGGAAUCCACACACCUGGGGCCUCCCGCCGCCCCUCAGCCUCCGUCCAAACUCACCACACGCCGGACGGCAGUGCUAGGAUCCCCGAUAUCGACACCCAUCCGUUCGAGUGGGCGAUCGAUUUCGCCAGCAACCUUAUCGCCACGGGCGUCGCAGUCGUCGCUCAACUGGUGUGCAGCACCCGUCGUCUUGACUCCACCGUCGGGCCGGACAUCCAGCGCCUCGUCCAGGACUUCCUCAAGCAGGUUCCCUACCGUCUUCUCCAGGCGUUCGACCUGGACCACGUCGAGGCGCCCGUUUCCAAGCGUGCCCGCGAUGUCUGCGAGCCGGACGCCGAGACCGUCCGCCAGCGUGACGCCUUGAAGAGGCAGCGCACUCGUCUUGAGGAGAUCAGCCAGAUGCUCCAGCGCAAGUAG